ACACCCGAUGCUAGUCUUUGCCAAUUGGAGCAAGACUUAAUCAGGAGGUUACUUGGUCUGGUGUACAUCAUUGGCACUAAUACUCCCUUUGCUUUGCUUUUUUGUUUUGUCACUAAAGCGUGGCAGCGAUGUCACUUCUUCGCAGUCAAACUCUGCUCUUCUCUUCUUGCAUGCCCAUAAACACACUCCGAAAGUACAUAAUCUAAGCUAGCUUUGCAAGAUCAGGAACAAGGGGACCAAAUUAAGAUGGGCGGGGUGACGUCGUCGACGUCGUCGUCGUCUCCGGCGACGGCGGCGGGGGGCAGCAGCUACUCGGCGGAGGCGGCGCAGGCGCUGUGCUGCGCGUGCGUGGGGCAGUCAACGGUGGCGGUGGAGGAGGCGUGGGGGAGGUACGACGCGGUGCUGGGGCCCGGGUGCCACUUCGUGCCGUGGUGCGUCGGCCGCCGCGUCGCCGGCUACCUCUCCCUCCGCGUCCAGCAGCUCGACGUCCGCUGCGAGACCAAGACCAGGGACAACGUCUUCGUCACCGUCGUCGCCUCCGUCCAGUACCGCGCCCUCGCCGACAGGGCCUACGACGCCUUCUACUGCCUCACCAACGCCCACGCCCAGAUCCAGUCCUACGUCUUCGACGUGAUCAGGGCGAGCGUGCCGAACAUGAACCUGGACGAGGUGUUCGGGCAGAAGAAGGAGGUGGCGCGGGCGGUGGAGGAGGAGCUGGCGAGGGCGAUGACCAUGUACGGGUACGAGAUCGUGCAGACGCUGAUCGUGGACAUCGUCCCCGACGAGGUGGUGCGGCGCGCCAUGAACGACAUCAACGCGGCGGCGCGGCUGCGCGUGGCGGCGGCGGAGCGCGCCGAGGCCGACAAGAUCCAGCAGGUGAAGCGCGCCGAGGGGGAGGCCGAGGCCAAGUACCUCGCCGGCGUCGGCGUGGCCCGGCAGCGCCAGGCCAUCGUCGAGGGCCUCAAGCGCUUCGUCCCCAACGAGAAGGACGUCAUGGACAUGGUGCUCGUCACCCAGUACUUCGACACCAUCCGCGACAUCGGCGCCACCUCCAGGUCCUCCACCGUCUUCAUCCCCCACGGCCCCAGCGCCGUCCGCGACAUGGCCGCGCAGGUCCGCGACGGCCUCCUCCAGGCCACCGCCGCCGCCGGAGGAGGAGCAGCCACCCUCAAGGCAUUAUAGUAGGUUCCUAAAACCGGCAGCGCGCGCCGCCGCCAUGUUCUUUUGUACCUGCAAUUUUUGUGUGUGCUUUGCUUGUUGCAAUCCUAUUAAUACUCUCUGAUUUCUGUGGGUAUGUAUUGGACGUUCUAGUUCGUGUAUCAUUUGUGUUCUCCCGACACUUCGUUUUUUCUUUUUCUUUGUCCCUUAGGAAAAGCUAAAGGAUGAUUUACAAAGGACCUAUUGUUUAAUUAA